CAUUCUGCGUUUCCUCUGUCGUAGUCGAAACCCUAACCCUAGGGCACUCUGAGAUCUGCGCCUCUCCUUCCUCCAGAUUCGAAUUAUUUCUUCUUAAAUCUUAAAAACUACCCUAUCUUUCGUUGCCGUGAGUGGGAUUUGUGAUUUGUUUGACGGGUAAAUCUUCGAUUUAAUCUCCGAUUCGAAAUGUCUCGGUGCUUUCCCUACCCACCACCGGGCUAUGCUUUGAGCAGCGCCAGAAAAGAUGCCUUGAUCGAUUCGAUUAAGCUCCAAAAGCCAAAGGUCCAAGCUAAGGAACAGAGGAAGGAGAAGAAAAGGGAUAAAAAAGAGAAAAAGAAAGACAAGAGUAGUCUGAAGAAUCUUGGCAACUCUGAUGUUGUCCAUAGUCAUUUUAGUGAAAAAUUCUGGAGUGAUGGCAUAGGUGAUUUCUCACAAAAGGGAAGCAAAGCUGAGAUUGAACAAUUGGAACGGAGUGGCCUCACGGAGGAGCAUGCAAAGCCUGUUUUCUUGCCUGGUCCGAGCUCUUCCUCUGACAGCACUGAGAAUAGCAACAAGAGGAAGAGACAGCCUUCCCCUGUUGAUGUUAGGCGCGGUCAUGGUAAAAUUAUCCGGAUACGGCUAACUUCAAAGAAGCAAACCCAAUCUGAUGUUCCAUCAGUCAACGAGCAGAAACCAUGUUCUACAUCGAGUAGAAUUCAUGCUCCUUGCCAAAUCAAUAAUGAUGUUUCUCUGAGACAGAGAAGUGCAGACUUUUGUUCCACAUCAGGGUCAACCAGCCAAUGUCUUGUUCUAAAGAGUGAUGGAGAACGGAUUCAUGUUGCCUCUAACCAGAACAAGAAUGCUCCUCCCUUUGAAACUAAAGUGUUGCCUGCUGCCUCUAAGCAGAUCAAGAAUGCUCCUCCCUUGGAAAUUAAAGCUGUGCCUUCAGCAGAUAAAGUUUUGACUGCAAUGCAGAAAGAGGGGCUUCGUUACCAAAAUCUGAUUGAGAAUUGGGUCUCACCCCAAAUGCUGCAAGAUGUUUGUGUUGAUAAUGAAGAUGAAGAUUGGCUCUUUGGGAGCAAGAGUAAAUUGGAAAGGUCUGAAAAGAAACGGGUGCACAGAGAUGAUGGCAUACCCUGCUUGAACACGUUGUCAUUGUGGCCCCGUGCACAAUACUUACCGGAGGUGGACCUAUUUGCAUUGCCGUACACUGUUCCUUUUUGAAUUUUAUGACAACGAUAGACCAAAUUGUAUUCAUUUUUUUUUGCCCGAGGAUUUUUGUAUUUCGGGCAAAUUGGAGGCUGAGAUUUGAGAAAUGUAUUGCUUGCAAUUUGCAUGAGAAUUUUAAUGUAUAUAAAAAUAUUAAAUUUUUAUCUUA